AUGCAACAGACCUUGACGAUCAUCAACCAUCUUGAUAGCGUUCAGAAGAGAAGGAAUGAUGCCAUCAACACUAUCGAAGAGGUGAAACCAAAACUUGCGAAGGCCAAAGUGGAGAAUAACAAAGACGAUGUCUAUGAAUUUAAUUCUGAGGGAUUCAAAUCACUUACAAUAGCUUCCGCAAUGCAAGAAGAUUUCAAGAGAAAAUUAGCUCAACUAGCGCAGAUAGUACAAUACAUUCGUGAGGACCCCAAUCUAAAGGGAGAAGAGACCAAAGAGAAACAACUUUGGAAUGAAGCAAAGGAGAUGAGUGAGGAUUAUCGUUCGAAUGGGAAACAGAAAUUUGACGAAGAUCUGAAGGAAUGGAAAAAGACUUUUUCCCCUUGGUAG